AUGUCAACGCAGACCCUCCAUCGUCUCAACCCCGUCGGCCACGGCCUGGAGGCGGCCCUCGUGGCAAGUCGCAAGACCCCUGAGCCCGCCAAGAUCACCCUCCCUCCCAAAAAGUUGGACGAGCUCACCGCCGCCGGCGACUCCUUCACCUUUGACGCCUUCACCACCCAGGACGCCCACGAGCUCGGCCACCUCCUCUACGCCCGCCUCGCGCCGCAUCCCCGCCCCGUGCUCAUCAACAUCACCCUCGCCAGCGGCCUGACCGUCUUCCAGACCACCACCGGGCCGGGAAUCCACAGGGACAACGAGAACUGGGUCGCCCGCAAGCGCAACACCGUCUUCCGCUGGGGCGCCGCGACCUACGCCAUGCACCUCAAGUUCGAGGGCAACGAGGCCGCCUUUGCCAGCAAGUUCAUGCUGGGCGAUGAGGCGGGCCAGUAUGCCAUCCACGGCGGGGCCAUCCCCAUCCGCGUCGCGAAUGUCGAGGGUAUCGUCGCUGUUGUGAUCGUGAGCGGCCUCGCGCAGGCGGAGGACCAUGGGGUGAUUGUGGACGUGGUGAAGGAGAACUGGGGGCCGGUGGAGGAGAAGUGA